CCUCGAGAUACACCCUCGAUAAGAUCAUCCUCGAUCCGCCUUCUCCAUACUCAUAGCAACAUGUCCAAGUCAAGAGAGCAGGUCGUCAACUUCGCCGCCGGUCCCGCCGCGCUCCCCACCAACGUCCUCGAGCAGGCAGCCAAGGACUUGAUCAACUACCAGGGAUGCGGAAUGUCCCUUGCCGAGCUCUCCCACCGUGGAAAGCCCGCCCAGAAGAUCUUGAAGGACGCCGUCGCCAACCUGAACACUCUCCUCGAGAUCCCAGAUAACUACGAUGUUUUGUUCAUGCAGGGUGGUGGAACCACGCAGUUCUCCGCCUUGGUCUACAACGUCUUGGCUCACAGACUGCUGAAGAAGGGAUCCGUUGAGGGUGUUAAGCUCGACUAUGUCGUUACUGGUGCAUGGUCCUCCAAGGCCGCUGCCGAGGCUAAGAGAUUAUAUCCUCAAGGCACCAACGUUGUCGCAAACGCUAAGGCCUUGAACGGCAAGUUUGGCUCGAUCCCCCCGCAAGACACCUGGAAGACCUCCGACCCCGCCAACACCGCUUUCCUCUACUACUGCGACAACGAGACCAUCGACGGUGUCGAGUUCCCUGCACCACCAACAGUCCCCGAGGGCGUUGAGUUGAUCGCCGAUACCUCCUCCAACAUUCUCUCCCGCAAGAUUGACGUUAGCAAGCACGCUAUCAUCUACGCCGGUGCGCAAAAGAACAUCGGUAUGCCCGGUGUUACUAUCGUCAUCAUCCGCAAAGACCUCCUCGAGCGCGCUGAUGCGGCUCAAUGUUCCGCUGCCGGAGUCCCCGUCACCCCAAUCAUGUUGGACUACAAGACCAUCGCCGACAACGAGUCCCUCUACAACACCCUCCCCGUCUUCCCCGUCCACAUCGCCAACCUAGUCUUCGAGCAUCUCCUAGCCCGUGGUGGCCUCCAAGCCCAGGAAGACCGCAACACCGCCAAGUCUUCCCUCCUCUACAACACUCUCGCCGCUUACCCCUCCCUCUACACUAUCGUCGCUGACGCCGACUGCCGUUCAAGAACGAACGUGCCCUUUAGGAUCCAGGGUGAGGGUUUCGAGGAUGAGUUCUUGAAGGGUGCGGAGGAGAUGGAUAUGUACCAGUUGAAGGGUCACAGGAGCGUUGGCGGUAUUCGUGCCUCGCUGUAUAACGCGGUUGAGUUGGAGGGUGUGGAGAAGUUGGUGAACUACUUGAAGGAGUUCGCUCAGGCGAAGGGCGUUGCUCCUCAGUAAUUGGGCAUAACGAGCUCGGGGCA